GGGCUACAGUCACAUUGUUGUUUAGAUCUUUUAAGAAAAAGCCGGUUGAAAUAUAAAUAAACAUUUAACAAUGAGUCGCACGGAGCAGACAUUGGAAGACCUGAAGUCGUAUUUGCGGAGUCACAGCAAAAUCCGCGAGCAGCGGUCGCACAUGUCUAAGGUUCACUCGGUCUGCUGGAAUGCCGAUGGUCGUUACCUGGCCUCCGGAAGCUUCGACAAGACGGUGGUCGUCUACUCGCUGGAGCGGGACCGCUUCUUGAAGGGCAACACAUACCGGGGACACACUGCGUCCGUGGACCAGCUGUGUUGGCAUCGCACCAAUCCCGACCAGUUUGCCACCGCAAGCGGAGACAAGACCGUGCGCAUCUGGGACAUACGAGUUGGAAAAUGCGUAUCGGUGACGAACACCAAGGGGGAGAAUAUCAACAUUGCCUGGUCGCCCGAUGGCAAAACGAUCGCCGUGGGCAACAAGGAGGAUCUGAUCACCUUUAUAGACACACGCACGAACAAGAUUCGCGUGGAGGAGCCGUUCAGCUUCGAGGUCAACGAGAUAUCGUGGAACAACACCAACGACCUGUUCUUCCUAACCAACGGACUCGGCUGCAUGCAUAUCCUCAGCUAUCCCAGUCUCGAGCACCAGAUGACCCUGAAGGCCCAUCCCGCCAACUGCAUUUGCAUUGAGUUCGGACCCACGGGUAAAUACUUUGCCACUGGCUCGGCGGACGCACAAGUCUCCUUGUGGGAUGCCAACGAGCUGGCCUGCCUGCGCAUGAUCAGCCGCCUGGAGUGGCCCGUCCGCACCAUAUCGUUUAGCCACGACGAGCGAAUGAUUGCCUUGGCCAGCGAGGACCUCAUUAUCGACAUUGCCUUCACGGAGACGGGCGAGCGGGUAACCGACAUUCACGUGGACGCCUCCACGUUCACGGUGGCCUGGCAUCCGAAGCAGUACCUGCUGGCCUACGCCUGCGAUGAGAAGGACAACGAUCGGCGACGUGACGCUGGCAACGUUAAGAUAUAUGGCUUUUCGGAAUAAAGUAACCUAGUUUAAGGCGCAUCUGAUGGU